UCCCCAUCCAACAAACAAACAGCCCAAUUCGCGUUUGCCGGCGGCGGUGGCGGUGGCGAUGGGAAGUGAUGUGGCGGUGAAAGUGAAGAGUGAGAAACUGAAGGCUUGUUUGACAUGCCCUCUCUGCACUAACUUAUUUGCCAAUGCUACCACUGUAUCAGAAUGCCUUCACACCUUUUGCAGGGAUUGUAUAUAUGACAAGAUUACAGCAGACGAGUUGGAGGGUUGUCCCGUCUGCAACACUAAUUUAGGGGGUGUCCCUCUCGAGAAACUCAGGGCAGACCACACCAUGGAUGAUCUGAGGGAAAAGAUUUUCCCUUGCAAACGAAGAAUGGAGAAGGCCCCUGAAACAGCAGAGCACCCAAAUUCGCUGCCAGCCAAAAGAAAAGAGAGAUCGUUCUCUUCUUUAGAGAUCGUCGAAGCGAAUACAGAAACUUCAUCUCUCAGCAACACAAGAACACUGUCGAAAUCUGCAGUACAAGAGAACCUCAUCCCACAACAAUGCCCUGCCACAUUGUUUGCUCACAGAGAACUCAUCUUUGUUCCAACUAAGCAGGACAAUACCCGAGUAGUGGAAAGGGAAACUGAUGUUUCAAAUCAAAGAAUUCAGGAAGAAGCAAGUGUAACAAGGUCAAAUGAUUCUAACAUACAAGAUACUGUUGCCAAGCCAAUUCAGAUUGAUGAUAACUGUUGUAAUAUUCAAGAACAUGGUCACAAGCCAAUGAUGGAUAGAGUUGAAAGUGGACUAAUUUCUGGAACUUCAGGCUCUGUUGACCAUGGAAAAUCACAGGAUGUUUCUGGGGGACUAAGAUUAGCCAACAUGAACCGACCCUAUGAUCAGGCUAGAGGCGACGCUGAUGCAGAUAGACAAUGCAAAACGUUAUCAAAUGAUUCAAAUCCAAUAUGGUUUGCAUUAGUUGCUUCUGAUCACCAGGAAGGAAACGAGCCUUUGCCUCAGAUCUCCUCAAGCUACUUGAGGGUCAAAGAUGGCAGUGUACCUGUGGCAUUUAUCAAGAAAUAUCUCAUGAAGAAACUGGGUCUAGCUAGCGAGAUCGAGGUGGAGAUCUCAUUGAAGGGUCAGCCAGUGAGUUCUACAUUGCACCUGCAUGACGUUGUAGAACUGUGGCGACAGACAACCACAAAAAUAGAACGAAUACAGAUAUCUGUGGGUAGCUCAGCCAAGGAUUUUGUGAUGGUUCUAUCUUAUGGUCGAAAGGCUCAUCCCCCUGAACACUUCCCAAAUAUUUGUGCUCACUUAGAUAACAGAGUUCAAUAAGAGACCGAAUAGGCACUUUUACGCAUCCUCUCAUAAGUUUCCCACAUAAGCUACAAUUUACAGAGUCAACUUCUUUCUUCUACAUUAAAAUGUGAUGACAAGGUAAACAAAUCCUAACAAUGAAGCAUGUAUAUAUAUAA